AUGUCCGACGAUCAAAUCACAUUAGGUCAAUACUUGUUUGAAAGAUUGAACCAACCCCCAAUUAAUAUCAAAAAUGUUUUUGGUGUGCCUGGUGAUUUCAACUUGGUAUUGUUGGAUAAGAUCAACGAGGUUAAGGGAAUGAAAUGGGUAGGAAGUGUAAAUGAAUUGAACGCAGGGUACGCUACCGACGGAUACUCAAGAGUCAAGAAUGGAUUUACAGCAGAGGGUUCAUCAAUUGGUUGUUUAGUGACAACUUUUGGUGUUGGAGAGCUACUGGCUGUAAAUGCAAUUGCAGGAGCAUAUUCAGAACAUGUGGGUUUGGUCCAUGUUGUUGGAGUCCCAUCCACUGAGUCUCAAAAGAAGGAGUUGUUGUUGCACCAUACAUUGGGUAAUGGUGACUUCACCGUUUUUGGUAAAAUCUCAUCAUACAUUAGUGCCACUACUGCAAUUUUGGAUGACCCAAGUAGAGCAACAAAGGAGAUUGAUAGAGUUAUUGAAUCUGCUUUUAUUAAUCAAAGACCCACAUACUUGGCGUUCCCAUCCAACUUUUUUAACAUGAAAGUGUCCAAAAGCUUGCUUGAUAAGCCAUUGAACUUGACACCACCACCAAAUAACGAAGAGAUCCAAAAUGAAGUUUUGAAUGAAAUCUUGAGCAUGAUCUCCAAGGCUAAGAAUCCAGUUGUUAUUAUCGAUGCUUGUUGCGGUAGACAUAAUUCGACGUACGAGGCUAGUAAAUUGAUUGAAUUGACCAAUUUUAACUUUGCAGUCACGCCAAUGGCUAAAGGAUCGAGAGAUAUUGACGAGAAUGACCCUAGGUACGUUGGUGUUUACUUGGGAGAUUUGUCUUACCCUAAAUCCAAGGAGUUGGUUGAGAGUUCGGAUUUGGUCUUGUCAUUGGGUGCUGUGUUGUCGGAUUUCAAUACCGGUGCCUUUUCUUAUUCUCUUCCAUCCUCAAAAGUUGUCGAGUUCCACUCGGAUUAUACCAAAAUUAGAAAUGCACAAUACCCUGGUAUUAGAAUGAAGGAGUUGUUGGCAAAGUUGGUUAAGUCUCCAGAGUUGAAGAAGAUUGUAGAAGGUUAUAAGCCCCGUGCAUCUUCUUUGGACUUGAUCCGUCCUGUUGAAUUACCAGAUGACCACAAACUUACUCAAGCAUGGCUCUGGUCUAAUUUGGGUUCUUGGUUGAAAGAAGGUGAUGUUAUCAUUACCGAAACUGGUACUUCAAAUUUUGGUAUUGUUCAAACCAAAUUCCCCAAAAAUGUUAUUGGAAUUUCACAAGUCUUGUGGGGCUCUAUCGGUUACUCGGUUGGAGCAGCAUCUGGUGCUGUUAUUGCGGCCGAGGAAGUUGAUCCAAACAGAAGAGUUAUUUUGUUUGUUGGAGACGGCUCUUUACAAUUGACUGUGCAGGAGAUUUCAACUAUGGCCAGACACCAUAACAAUAUUUACAUUUUUGUGUUGAACAAUAGCGGUUUCACGAUUGAGAGGUUGAUUCACGGUAUGGAGGCCAGCUACAAUGAAAUUCAAGAGUGGGAGUACACCGAUUUGCUCAAGACAUUUAAAGCUACAAACUACGAAACCUUCUCGGUUGGCAAGGUAGGCGAGCUUUCCAAAUUGUUCAAGGACAAAGAUUUUGCUGUUAACAACAAAACCAGAUUGGUAGAAAUCAAGUUGGAUACUUUUGAUGCUCCAGAGAAUUUAGUGAAGCAAGCAGAAAUGUCCUCAAAAACUAACGAUGCAUAA